GGGGAGCGGAGCCGCCCGCCGCGCCUCGCCGCCGCCGGUCCCCGAUGGACGAGAUGGAAGAGGAGCUGAAAUGCCCGGUGUGCGGCUCGUUGUACCGGGAGCCCAUCCUGCUGCCCUGCUCCCACAACGUGUGCCAGGCGUGCGCCCGCACCAUCCUGGUGCGGACGCCGGAGGCGGGCUCCCCGCGGAGCCGGCGGGCCUCGGGCGCGUCGGACUACGACUCCCUGGACCUGGACAAGCUGAGCCUGUACAGCGAGGCGGACAGCGGCUACGGGUCCUACGGGGGCGGGCUGGCCAGCGGGCCCGCCACCCCGUGCCCCAAGUCGCCCGGCGGGGCCCGGCCCGCCUGCCUCACCUGCCCGCAGUGCCACCGCAGCCUGGUGCUGGACGAGCGGGGGCUGCGGGGCCUCCCCAGGAACCGCGUGCUGGAGGGGGUCAUCGAGCGCUACCAGCAGGGCCGGGCCGCCGCCCUCAAGUGCCAGCUGUGCGAGAAGGCGCCGCGGGAGGCGUCGGUGCUGUGCGAGCAGUGCGACGUCCUCUACUGCGACCCGUGCCGGCUGCGGUGCCACCCGCCCCGCGGGCCCCUGGCCAAGCACCGCCUGCUGCCCCCGGCCCAGGGCCGCGUCGCCCGCCGCCUGGGCCCCCGCAAGAUCUCCACCUGCAGCCACCACGAGCUGGAGAACCACAGCAUGUACUGCGUCCCGUGCCGCCUGCCCGUCUGCUACCAGUGCCUGGAGGACGGCAGGCACGACAGCCACGAGGUCAAGGCCCUGGGCGCCAUGUGGAAGCUGCAUAAGAGCCAGCUCUCCCAGGCACUAAACGGGCUGUCGGACAGAGCUAAAGAAGCCAAAGAAUUCCUGGUCCAACUGCGAAAUAUGGUUCAGCAAAUCCAGGAGAACAGUGUGGAGUUUGAGGCCUGCCUGGUGGCGCAGUGUGAUGCCCUCAUCGACGCCCUGAACAGAAGAAAAGCCCAGCUGCUCACCCGGGUCAACAAGGAGCAUGAGCACAAACUGAAGGUGGUACGAGACCAGAUAUCUCACUGCACCGUGAAGCUUCGCCAGACCACUGGCCUGAUGGAAUACUGCCUGGAGGUCAUUAAGGAAAAUGACCCCAGUGGCUUUUUGCAGAUUUCUGAUGCCCUCAUCCGGCGAGUUCACUUGACUGAGGAUCAAUGGGGGAAAGGGACGCUCACACCCAGGAUGACCACCGACUUUGACCUGAACCUCGACAACGCUCCUCUCCUGCAGUCCAUCCACCAGCUCGACUUCAUGCAGAUGAAAGCUUCUUCUCCAGUGCCAGCACCCCCCAUCCUGCAGCUGGAGGAAUGUUGCAACCAGAACAACAGUGCGACCUUGUCCUGGAAACAGCCGCCUCUGUCGACCGUGCCGGCGGAAGGAUACAUCCUGGAGCUGGAUGACGGGAACGGCGGUCAGUUCCGAGAGGUGUACGUUGGCAAGGAGAUGAUGUGUACCGUGGAUGGCCUUCAUUUCAACAGCACCUACAGUGCUCGGGUCAAGGCCUUCAACAAAUCGGGAGUCAGCCCGUACAGCAAGACCUUGGUCCUUCAAACCUCUGAGGAAACAGAGUCAGAAGAACAGACCCUCCCUUUUCCAGUGCCUUCGGAAAGAUUGCAGCUCCGUAGGAUGAGUCCUUUCUCCUCCACCCUUAACCUGCAACCCAGCUUCCCUGGAAGAUCCUACUUUGAUUUCCGAUCCUCAUCCCACCAGCUGAGCUUGCAUUCUUCUUUACAGUCUCUGAAUGCACCCGGAUGCAAUUUUGAGACCCAGUCAGCGCCUUACUCUCAAUUAGUUGACAUUAAAAAACUGAUGGCAGUCGCCUGGUUUGCGUUCGACCCCGGCUCCGCCCACUCCGACAUCAUCUUCUCCAACAACAACCUGACCGUGACCUGCAGCAGCUACGACGACCGGGUGGUGCUGGGCAAAACCGGCUUCUCCAAGGGGGUCCACUACUGGGAGCUGACGGUCGAUCGCUACGACAACCACCCCGACCCGGCCUUCGGCGUGGCCCGCAUCGACGUGAUGAAGGAUGUGAUGUUAGGAAAGGACGACAAAGCCUGGGCAAUGUAUGUGGACAAUAACCGGAGCUGGUUCAUGCACAACAACUCGCACACCAACAGAACUGAAGGGGGGAUCACCAAAGGUGCCACCAUUGGCAUCCUUCUCGACCUGAACCGGAAAACCCUGACCUUUUCCAUCAACGAUGACCAGCAGGGCCCUGUGGCCUUCGAGAACAUGGAGGGCUUGUUCUUUCCUGCCGUCAGCCUGAACAGGAACGUGCAGGUGACACUUCACACCGGGCUCCCGGUGCCCGACUUCUACUCCAGCAGAGCGUCAAUAGCAUAACGGAGCCCCCGCUGAGAAGUCAGCUGCCUCCUCUCCCCCCGGACCCAGCCAGCGGCCGCCUCUGUAAACGACGGCGAGGACCAACUUGCGACUAGCUGGCCGCCAGAAACCAGAAGGUACCAAAAAGGAGAGGAAGAAAAGAGAGGAUGGAGGGAAACAGCUGGUCUUCUCCGGUCCGUGUGCCCCAUAACCAUGCCGCAUCUCCCCUUCUAGACCAUCCUGCCCGCGUUGGCUUCGGUGUAUAGCUCUUUCAGCCGACAGAUGACCUAGAUAGCCUCUGCUGUUCGGCUGCGUCUGCUUUGUAGGCUUUACCUCGUUCAUUUCCUUUGCCUUUAGUUGAGGGGAGAUUUCUUUGCCCAUGAACGAUGCCAGUGCCGUUGGCACCCACUGCCAAGGAUGAAACCUUCCCUGGGACUUUUUUGCUUAGUCGGAAGUCAAACAAAAGAUGCUGUGAGGUGAAGGAGUCCUUCAAAGGAAAGUGAUUUGGAGGUCAUCAUCAGUUCACCUCCUGGGGCAUCUCUCUCUGAUGCCUUUAAUUACUUCAAUUAUGGUGUUUAUUAGAGGCUGGCUAGGUGUUAACUGCUGGGGUAGAUGCAAGCUAAUAAU